AUUUCAAUCAAACGCUUUGAACUCUCUAGAAAAUUAUACAAAUUUAUUUUUCUUAGUUGGAAAAUUUUGUAAAAUAAAAAUAACAACACGAUGAGCUAUGAUAAAACCCAAACAUUUUUAUCGUACGACCAUGAUUCGGAAGCAGAACACCGCCUUAUUGAAAUGUUCAAAAACACAAACUUCAUGGCCGAUUCUCCCACCAUGAUCCGUCCGAGUAGGUCAAAGUUCACAGCCGAGGGCAUUGUGAGCACACCCUGUGACGACUCGAGCCUGCGACAACGCAAUCUAAAGGCGGUCCUAGUGCUGCCUGACUUGAAAGAGCGUACCUCCAUGUCGUCCAUGGAGGGUCUGUACGAGCUGUCACAGAAGCUGGCAGUGACGUCACCCAGACUGACAAAGUUUUUGAAAGCCCCAGAGCAGCCAGAAGAUAUCACAGACCCAGACAUGGUCCUGGGCCUUGAGAAUACUCCCCACGUUCAGACGCAGGAGAGAGAGGAACAGCCCGAAGCGACCAUCCAGCAGCGAAAGCUUAAAGGCAGAAUUUUACUUUUCAAGCAGCAUAAAGCAGUUCAACUUCGGAAGUUUUUAAUUCGUCACCCGAUGUACCGCAAUCGUUGCGAACAAAAAAAGAACAAGAAGAUCAAGAAGAACAAGAAGAUAAAGAAGAAAGAGCAUCUGCCAAGGGUCAAGGCUGUGCUCGACUUAAAAGUCAAAAACUACAUAAAUUCAUUACAAAAGCCAACAGGCCAUGGUGCAAGCAAAUACCUGAAAAGGUUUGUGGCAUCUGAAGUAUUCCCUUGGCUCCUGACCUUUGGUAUUGUCUUCCUGAUAUACGCAACAUUAUCGGAAUAGCGGUUAAGGUGGACAAAAUGAUGCGUAACGGGGAUGGCUCUGGGCAUUAAUUGUUAUCCAUUCUUAAUGUUUAGUUACUUGUUGAAUUAUUGAUGUUUUAUGUCCAAAAACAUUUCCGACAACAAAAUUAUAAGGGCCAAAAAAAUAA